GUAUCCGUACUCGCGAUGUGCGACGCGAGAUCACGCAAACCAGCACCUGCAAUACAAAAGAAGCUCGCCAUGUAUGAAAACGUGUUGUCAGUGGGUACAGUGAGCGAGUGCGGCGUGGGCGCUGCUCCUCCGGUCCCCGAGGGCGGGCCGACAGCCGUGGCGAUGGUGACGGAGGGCGAGGGCGCGGACGGCCUCAUCGCGCCGCGCCGCCUGCCCAACCCCUGCAUGGAGAACCCGCUGCGCAUGGACCUGCAUAGAGAGCUCAUGUUUAACCAAAAAGUAGGCAAAAAUGUUCUCAAUCAAAAGAGCGAGCUUCAAAAGGCGCUUUCAAAGCACAAAGAGAAGCAGCUCAUGAACCAAAUAAAGGAGCACAGAGAAACGCCAGAACUAGAAAGAGCGAUCGCAGAACGGGCUCGACGGCUUGAGCAGGCGGAACAGCAUACGGAAGAAAUCGAAUCCGGCACAAAUCCCACACUACAAGAAGUGCGAGCGCGUUUGCGACACGCAGCGCCAUCUGCCGCCGCCUCCGCUCACUAAAACCAUAAAGUGAUUUUUUUUUUCAAAUCAAUAAGCCUAAUAACAAUUUAGCGUAAGAUCAUAAACGACAUUCGCAGAGCUGGAUGUAAAUUUACCUUUACAAAUAUAUAAAACGUAAAAAUAGUAGAUUGUUAUACAAGGGGCUAAAAAGACCCAUUAUAUACGAGGUGUGUUUAGGGCACGAGCCGUAAGGCGAUGCCCGUUAAAUAAAAACCGAGUUUAUAAUGGGCUUAGCCCCGCGUGUUACACUAUACUUUUCACUACGAUUGCGAGAAAAUAAAAUAAUUUAGUACAGUAUUCAAUGUUAAGAUUUUUUCGCAGACGCAGCUCGAAUAAAUCAAAUGAAAAAAAUACGCAUUCCACAGACAAGAACGCUGCAUUUCUAUUUACGACUAAAGCCUCCUACGUUUUAUAUAUUUUUUUUAAUAUUUUAGUAUGAUUAAAAUAUUUACGAAUUAAACCGUUUUCGUUUUAUAGUAGGCUUACCAUUCGUAACAGACAAGAAUUAAAAAAAAAGAAAUACUUUAGCCCCUAGAGGCUAAAAUGCUUAUUUAGCCCCGCUGUGGAGUGGUAAUAUGACAGUGUUUUUGAGCAAAAGUAGUAAAAAGAUAUAAGUUACACACAAGCCUUGACGAUAAAGUUAUUUAGACAUAAGCUAUGAAUUAUCUUUGUGAUCUUACGCUAAAGAUAUUUGUUUUCGAUUACGACCGUAUGAGAAGAAUAUUUCAAUCAGCGCCAUCUGUUAUCGUGUAGACAAACUAAGAGCUAGUAACAUUCAUUGCAUUACGUUUUUUCUCGCGCUUUGUUUAAACACAAGAUGUUUUGCAUCAACACUGUAUUCAAUUUCUUUGAUGAUACUAUAGGUAUGGAUUUGGCUUGGAACCGAGUGUGCGUUAAUGUAAAAAUACGCUUUCUUUGGUAAUGUAUUAGUUAUUUAUCUUACGGUGUGGUUUAUUGGUAAUUUAGGUCGAGGCGCCAUUUUCAUAGUGCCGAGACCAAAGAUUUUAUACUAUAGAUAUGUCACUACCGCGUCGAAACUGAGGUGAAUAAAAGUGGCUAGUUCAAUGAUAUUAUUAAAUACUGUUACAUGUGUUAAAAAACAUGAAAAAUGAGGCGCUCAAAAGAGGAAAUUUCCACAUCUCAAUGUUAGUUGUUGUCAACGUUAUUUAAACAAAUAAUACCUAAAUAUUAUCUAUAUUGUCGAGUUAUAUGUUGGAAGUGUAAUAACUAUAAAAUAUACAUAAAUGUAUAAUGUAAGAAACCACAAAAUUGCUCUCAGUGGAGUAGCUAAAUUCGGUGAUAUCUAUAGUACAAAAUCUUUGGCUGAGACUAAAUAUAUAAAUGCACACAUGUAUGGUACUACGUUUUUUAAUACAUUUGUAAGUAAAAGCCUUAGGGUACAUUAAAACCCAUUCUUACAAAAUAGACAAAAGCUUAAAAGAAAAUAAUCACAGAAUUAGACAGUGCAAUAAAUGUGAUAUAUGAGGUAAUAUAUUUAUUUUUUAUAUAUUAUCUUAUGUGUAAAUUAAAAACUAUACAUAAUAACACUUACAAAAUGUAUUGAAAAAUAAUGUAUAUAGUUAUAUGUAGAUAGAAAGUUCGUCUUUGUUGUUCGUCAUCGAAACUAAGUCACUAUAAGUGUCACAAAAACUGUUUAGUUUAAUUGUUUAUUAUAAAUUAGGAAUGGUAAUAAUAAUUUGAUUCAUUUAUUAUCGUUUAUACGAUAGCACCGUUGGAUUGUUUACGUUUUUGAAUGUAUUUAAAUAUGUAAGGCAGCUUCAGAAAGAAAGUGACCUAAGUUGAAAAAUUUAAAAUUUGCCGACCAUUUAGGGCCCAGCACGAGCAUUUAGGCCCAGCACGUUACCGAAAAGAAUGACGAAAGAUCCUUUAUUUUAUAAUAAAUCAAAAUCACCAAAAAUAAAUAGAAUUCACAUUUGCUAAUAUUUAUUAAAAUGUGUGUUUUUGUUGAAAAUAUGCAUUUCAUGCAUAUAUUUAUUAAUGUUACUUGAAUUGAAAAUGAAAUUAAAGCAGUAUAUAACUAAAAUUACUUAUUAUUUAAUAAAUUACACUAAUUUAGACAUUGUAACGAUUCCUUUAUCAAAUCUAGAUUGCUGGGUUGUAUGAAAAAUGAUAGGUCUCUUAUAUACAUAUAAAUAAUGCCAUAAAAUUAUGGUUAAAAUUUACUUAUUUCAAUAAGGUCACUUUUAUUCAAAAGAUGCAAUGUAAAGUUAAGUAGGUAGAAUGAAGUAUCAAUUAUAUUUCGUUUUAAUGUAUUUUGAUGUAUUGUGUUUUUGAAAUAAAUAAACCACUGACUGAGGAAUCGACUGCUUGAGCUGAAACAAUAAGGGUAUCGUCUUCAACAAGAGAACAAAAUAUUUUUCUAAACUUUUUAAUGUUUCACACUUAAUCAUCAUUCAACUCAUUUGUAGGCAAAUAAUGCAGUGAGAUGUUAUUUAUUACCUUUAGAAUGCGGGUUUAUUUUCUAUGGAGGAAUUGCAUUAAACACUGAUUUGAAUUUAACUAUUAAUUGAUUUUUUUAGACUAUUUCCGCCGCUCUUUCUAUCAAUCACUUAACUGAAGAAUAGAGGUAGAAAUUCAUCGAAAAAGGGUGAACAUAAUUAAUUAAAAUUUCAGUUACAUGUGGAAAAUAAAAAAAUCAAAUCGCUACAUACGUCGCUGACGAAUAUUUUCGUUAAUUUGUCAUUGGUGGGAUUGCUUCAGCUCAUAUUAUUUAUAUGUUAUUUAAAAAGAAAUAACUAGAUAGGUAGUUACCAUCAGAAAAGUACAUCUAACAAUCUUUUUCAGUCCUAAAUAUUAUAGCAACUCUAAAGUUAUUAACAUCUCACUGAUUUAUUAUUUGCAUAAAGCACAUUAUUGAAUCUGUAGGCAUUUCACUAAGUAUAGGUUAUAUCAUCAUACAUUUUUAGUGAUUAUUUCGUAACAAUACAUAUACGUAUAGAAAGUAGCUAGUUGGGGAAUUAUAUUAUGACUUAGGUUAAGGUGGUUAAAUUUAAAAUAUCAUAUUUAUAACAAAAGGGUAGAGAAGUCUUAUUAAAGUAGUAGUAAAAAAAAAAUUACUUCUACAUACAGAAUAUUCCCAUACCAUUUUUGAUGUUAUUCUCCCGGAUUUAUUAAAUAGUUGUCCAGUUUGAUGAUUUGAUAUCGAAGUGUUCAUGAAAGUGAUAGAAAUGAAAAUGAUAUUUUUGUAUUUUUAUGUAAAACCUAUAGAGCCUAUUUCUCUAACAUUUCUAAAUAGUGUGUAGUCGUUCCCACAAAGAAGCAAUAAUAUUUUUAUAGCAGACGCUGUAGUCAACAUCUUACACUUCCACUGUAUAAACGUAACGCGACUGAAACUUAUAAAGAAUACAAUGAUACAUCGGCCUAAAACAAAACAUACAAGUUUAACACAGAUAAGUAAAAAAAAAAAAUAUUUCUAUUGUCUAUUAUUAGUAUUAUGGUUGAAUUGAUAUUAUAAUUAACAACCAUUUCAUAUAAAUCAACUGACAUGUAGCACCAGAUUAUUUUCCAAGGCAGAUAAGCCGAAAUUUUGUAUACCAAAUUUGAAUCCAAUUUUAAGUCAGAAAUUCUAAAGUAGCUUUCAAGACCAACUCCGACUAAUUAAAAAAGAAGUGAAAUUUUUAUUCUACAAGAUUUUGUUUGUGGAAAUUCAAAGAUAACAGAAACAUUUGUUUUCCUUUUUUUUUGAGUUAGGCCUUUAUUCUAUUGCGUCGAUGACGAAAAAUCGAACAAAGUUUUCCUUCGCACGCUGAAAAUUGCCAAAGAAUAUUGACUGCAGCAUCUGUAUCUUUAAUGAUAUCGUACGUAAUACAUAUUUAGAGAAUCUCUAAGACCACUAAAUAUAAACCAUAAUUUAAGAUAACUCUUUUUCUCUAGUCUGGUAAACUCUUACUGUAAUUUAAUUAUAAGGUGAACUCAUCAAAUCCAAAACUAAUACAUGUAAAUCUACACCCUGAAACCUCUUACAAUGUUCUUCCUAUUGUUUUUGGAAAUUUUGUCUCUUUCAAAGGACUGGUCAAACCUCUUUUAAGAAAGGGACCAAAAUUUGACGUGGUUGGGUUCAAACUUUUUUCAUUCUACAUAAUAAUUUGAGCGAUUUCGGCCAUCAAUUACAAAGUGGGAAAGUUUGGCCUAGCCUAUAAUGUCACCAAUACACGAUCAAACUAAAUUUCCAAUACGUGGUUUGUUUAAUAAACAACAUAAACAAUACUGCAAAUGAAUAGCUGCAAAUGCGAGUGACAAACUACAUAAUUUGAUCGGUAACGGUUGACAAAUUUCAAAGUACUAUUUUCUCUCCAUUGUGCCUAUUUAUAAAUGUUGAGUACUUUCAGAGUAUUAGUUAGACGUAAAAGUAGAAUUAAGGUGGAAUCACAUUCGCAACAUCCCACUUAUCUGUAUCGAGUGGGAUGUUGAAAUGUGUAUCUACCACAAUAUUUUGUAGGAUGAUGACUCUCACACAAAAAAAUUAAAAUUGUCUCUUGUCCCACUUGUUAUCCUUUCACUCUUGUCUUAUUACUUUGUUCCCUCGAGUUUAUCUUUUGUUUGUUAUAUUUAGAUGACUUAGUACAAAGUGGCAUCGUCAUGAUGUGAAUUAGCUUAAAAGCUGUGUGUCGUGGCCAUUUUAUGUUUGAUAUUAUGUAACUAAAUUAGCUUUUAAGAGAUUUAAUUCUUCGUAAAGUUUACAAUGGAAAUGUAUCAAAGUUUGGUAAUAAUCAUAGACCAAUAAAAGUGUUUUAGCAUA